UCGCCACGGCAAUAGAUCUGUCCGGGGUGACUCGCACUUGUAACUCAGAGAAUGCAAGUUGCCAGAUCACUGGCCUCCAAUGUGGAGCCACGUACAGUGCCUUUGUGAUCGCAUCCAACUUGAAAUGCAACAGCUCUGCCAGUGAAAACAUCACUGUAGAAACAGCUCCUUGCCCCCCUGGAGAUGUUCGAGCUGAGCUGGACUGUCAGGAGAACCAGGCGUUAGUGAGCUGGCUCAGAUUACAGAGUAUGAUGUCCUUUACUGCCACCUUGCAAGACCAGGUCGGAGGUCUUCUCAGUUGUAGCAGCACUGCCAGCAGCUGCAGAGUCCCCAACCUGAAGUGCGGCCAAGUUUAUGCCGUCAGGGUCACACACCAUGAUGGAACCUGUCUCAGUGUGCCUUCAAAUUCCACACAAUUGAAGUCUGUGCCUUGUGGUCCAGCAAAUGUUCGGGCUGAUGUUCAGUGCCCGUCAGGUGUGCUCUCCAUUGGUUGGGAAAGGACAGAAAACGCUGAGGGGUACAUCACCAGUGUGGUCUCCAAUAGCACGGGACAGCAGGUGUACUGCAACACGACCUCGGCCAACUGUAGCGUGAACACUCUAAAGUGUGGUGAUUCAUAUGACGUACAGGUCAGGUCGUACAACGGCUCCUGUCUGAGCUUGCCCACCCAGUCUCUAGUGCUCAGGGAAGUGCCAUGUGUGCCCACAAACGUGACAGCUAGAUGGACAUGUGCCAACAGCUCAGUGGAGGUCACUUGGAACGGCAGUCAUGGUGCAGGGUCUUAUGUAGCCGUUGCUGUGGGCGACAACAAGCACCGUACAGAAUGCUCCUCCAACACAACUACAUGCAACAUCUCUGACCUGCACUGCAGUAGUGUGUAUUCCAUCAGUGUUAGGGCUGUGGAUGGCAACUGCUCCAGUCUGGAGAGUCAGAGCAUCACCCUACAGACAGUUCCCUGCCCACCAACUAACAUCCAGAGCACUGUGAACUGUAGCACCAACUCUGUCAGUCUGUCCUGGACUGCCAGUGUUCAUGCUGUGUCCUACAGAGGCAGGGCAGUAGGCACAGAUGGGCACAGUGUGACAUGUGAUGUCAGUGCUUCUUGGUGCCAGUUAAACGGCCUGCACUGUGGACAGAAUUACAUGUUUAGCGUUACUGCGUCCGAUGGUAGCUGCGACAGCACAGACAGCCAAGUGUUCAGACACCAGACAGCACCCUGUGCUCCUCAGAAUGUGGCCAGUCUCUUGGACUGUGCCUCUAACAGCCUGAAUGUUAGCUGGGUUCUGGGUGGCACAGCUCUAAACUACAGCGUCCUAGCCAGGACUGCAGGUGGGGCUGCACUUAGGUGCAACACUGAGACCUCCAGUUGUGUCGUCACUGGCCUGCAGUGUGGUCAAAACUACACCACAGUCGUCAUAGCAACCAACGGAGAGUGUCAAGGACCAGAGAGUGUGACUUCGUUUGUUCAAACAGUGCCGUGUAUACCUGCAUUGGCCCGUGCUGAUGUGGAGUGUGCCAGUAACACAGUGAGGGCAUCAUGGGCUCCGGCAGCUGGAGCUCUGUCAUAUACCAGCGUUCUGACCGGUCCGGGCCACUUUAGUGAGUCCUGCAGAACCUCUGAUCCUUUCUGUACAUUCAGACCCCUCCCCUGUGCUCAGACCUUCACACUAAAUGUCAUCUCGCAAGACAGCCACUGCAGCAGCUCGGUCAGCACCAGCAUCUUCGUGACAACAGCUCCCUGUGACCCUGAGAGCGUGUCUGCAGUUCUGCUGUGUGACUCACAAGUGGCUAGAGUCUCGUGGCAAGCUAGCACUAGUGCCAGUCUGUACACCGUCCUAGCGCACACACAGCAUCAGAGCAUUCCUUCCUCUUCCUGUCGCACCACGGCCACUUCCUGUGACCUCCCACAGCUCCAGUGUGGGGAGAUUUUUAACAUCACAGUUCUUGCUGGCGAUGGAACCUGCAACAGUUCAGCACGUGCCAGCACUACACUGGCAACAGCACCAUGUGCUCCGUUACUGAGGUCUCCAUCACUAAACUGCAGCAGUAAUUUUGCCCUGGUGUCUUGGGCGAAGGACCAGGAUUCUCCCAGAGUCCGUGUGAAUGCCACCUCUACCCUGGGACACACUGCCACCUGCAGCUCUUCCACUGGAAACUGUUCCCUGGAUGCUCUACUGUGUGGUCAGAUGUACAGUGUGUACGGGACAGCCCAGGGUUCUCAGUGUGAGAGCACACCUAGUGCUCCAUUCAGUAUUUUCACAGCUCCUUGCACCCCUGCCACUGUUAGCGCCAAAUACACGUGUGGCAUCAGUUCUGCUUUGUUGAGUUGGGAAGAGAGUCUGGGCCGAGAGAGCUUCUAUGUGCGCAUGGACACGAGCGAUCACGCAGACUCCUGCAGCACAACUCAAACGCACUGCUCCAUCAGCUCGCUGAGGUGUGGAAGACUUUAUAACGUCAGUGUGGAAUCAGUGUCCGGACACUGCAACAGCAGCCACGCAGUUCACACGCAGCUACAGACAGCCCCUUGUGCACCACAGAAUGUGACUGCAAGUCUACAGUGUUCGAACAACACUGCCACCGUGUCAUGGGUGGGCAGUGCUGGAGCUGUGGGCUAUAAUGUCACUGCACUGGGCCAUGAUGGUGAUGUCAUUAGCAGUCACGUCACUGGCGCUAGCUGCCAACUACCCAGCCUGCACUGUUCUCAGACCUAUGACAUUAUCAUCACACCCCUCUCUAACAUGUGUGCUGGGUUUCCAAGCACUGCCUACACAUUCAUUGCAGGCCCCUGUCCUCCCACUAAUGUUCAAGUGUCUCUGCAAUGUGACGGUAAUGUGGGCUUUGUCUAUUGGACUGCCGCCAGCCAUGCUGAGCUGUACAUUGCCACAGCAGUGGGUAACGAGGGCCACACCCACACUUGCACCACCAAUGGCACCAGCUGCAACUUCACUGACCUGCAAUGUGGAGAGAACUACACUCUGACAGUGGUUACGGUGGAACGUGGUUGCCAGAGUGAACCCAGCACACCUGUCAUUCUAAGAUCAGCUAUCUGCCCUCCCUUUAAUCUGGCUGGUCACACCAACUGUGCUACUAAUGACAUCAGCAUCACAUGGGACCCCAGUCUGGUGUCUGGAGUCACUUACUUCCUGUCCAUCCGUCAGGUGGGUGGGCUGAACUCCACAUCCAGCACAGUGGAAACGUCACAUGCUCUAACAGGACUUCAGUGCGGAAAUAGUUUCAUCAUACAAGUGGCUGCUCAGGACAGCACCUGCACCAGUCCAUACGGCAAAGCAACACAGAUCUACACAGCUCCCUGUCCACCCAGUAGUCUAGCAGCAGCUGCUAGCUGUGGCACAAAUAGGGGCAAUAUCAGCUGGCAUGAUGGAGCUGGGGCACACAUCUAUACUGCCAAUGUGGUGGCCAACAAUGGACAAACUGUUUCCUGUACGUCCAAUAGCACUUCCUGUUCUGUGAAGCUGGAAUGUGGACAUCAGUACACGGCAACUGUGGUUUCCUCGGUCGGCCAAUGUAACAGUACUGCAAACAACAGCAUCCAGUUUGACUCGGCACUGUGCCUGCCUGGUAAUGUGAAUGCGCAGUUAGAAUGUAAUGCUAACUCGCUAGCUGUACAUUGGGACCCCAGUCAAAACAACCCCGACUCAUAUACGGCUCUGGCCAUCGGUUCAGAUGGCACUCGCUUUUCCUGCAACACUAGCUCUACUUUCUGUACCAUCCAGAAUUUAAGAUGUGGCCGCACCUAUAGUAUUGUUGUGACAACAUCCACCAUUCACUGUGUCAUUGAGGGUUCAGACUACCAAAUCCAGACAGCCCCUUGUAAACCAGAGAGCCCAGCCGUUCAACUGCAGUGCAGCACUAACAUUGCUACAGUCACAUGGGACAACAAUGGAGCUGAGCAGUUUGACGUGGUGACCGCGCUGAAUUUCACUGGUGGGGCGAUAGUGUGCAACAGCACCAAUGCAUCUUGCACAUUCAGUCAGCUGCACUGCGGAGAGUCGUACACACUCAGUGUUGUUGGAUUCACUGAAAACUGCACCAGUGAUCCCAGCACAAGCUUCAGCCUCAACACAGCUCCCUGUGUACCCACUUACGUUGUAGCGACCACAAACUGUGACACUUCCAUGACCACAGUCACCUGGGAUUCAGCUCCCGGUGUCAGCAGUUACACUGUUCUUGCAGUUAGCACCUGGGGGCAAAACUCCACAUGUACCAACACAGAUAGUACCUGUUCUUUCUCUGAUCUGGAGUGCGGACAAAACUACACUAUAACAGUCACAGCCAAGGAUGACAGCUGUGUGACUUCGGCCAGUGUGCCCAUCACUGUCACUACAGGUCCAUGUCCUUACUCUGAUCUGAAGGAAACUCUGGACUGCAGCUCUAACUCUGCUCUCAUCUCAUGGACCCCCGGUAACGGCACUCUGAUUUAUAACGCCUCUGCAGUUGACUUUGACAUAGACCACCUGGUCAGCUGCAGCACAUCUGGCUCCACCUGCAAUGUCACUGGCCUUCAAUGUGGCAGCCGUUACGAAGUCAGUGUAAGAGGACAGGGACUCACCUGCCCCAGCCAAUCAGAUGACUGGAUUACACUCAAGACAGCACCUUGUCCGCCCACACAAGUGUCCAUCCAGUCAUCCUGUGAGUCGGACACUGUGUCUGUGUCUUGGUCAGCCUCUCAGGGCACUUUAUCCUACAUAGCUGUUGCCCAGGGCAGCGGAGGUCAUGGGGCAACUUGCAAUUCCACCCAGAUGGCCUGUGACAUUAUUGGCCUACAGUGUGGACAGGCUUAUGAAAUUUAUGUUUCUGGUGUGGAUGGCGACUGUAUUGGUGCCAAGAGUGAAGUUCAAAUUCUUGAAACAGCCCCUUGUGUCCCUCAAAACGUGCAGGCUAUCUUGGAGUGUCAAUCAACUUUUCUCAAUGUUAUCUGGCAACAGAGUGGUCACGUCCAUCACUACCACACCACAGUGAGAAGAAGCGAUGGUCAUGUGAUAGUGUGUGACUCGAAUACAACCUUCUGCCAAGCACCCAACAUACUUUGUGGCCUGACCUACAGUGUGGUGGUGGUCGCCCAUAGUAAAACCUGCAACAGUUCAAACAGUGUUGUGCGAAAUGUCACCUCAGCCCCGUGUGCGCCAGAGGACAUCAGUGCAGUCCUGGACUGUGAAUUAAACACAGUGUCUGUGUCCUGGGACACUAGUGUGGAUGGCAUUCUCUAUAUUGCCAAAGCCUUCUACUCCAGCAAUGACCAUGAUUACUACACGUGCAACACCACAGACACCAGCUGUGACAUCACUGUGACCUGUGGCUUGAACUAUAAUGUUACUGUAGUACCAUUAAAAGAUGAUUGCACGGGGGCGAGUGCACCAACUCAGUAUGUCAUAGCAGCUCCUUGUGUCCCCAUGUUGCUGAAUGUUGAGAUGGACUGUCUGUCUGACUCGGCUUGGCUAACAUGGGAAGAGUCAGCUGGAGCAGAGCUGUAUCUCGCAGUGGCAACUGACAGUGAUGGAGAGAUAUACCAAUGUAACUCAACUGAAAGCCAAUGUACAGUUGAAGAACUACAGUGUGGAAGAUUCUACAACUUCACCAUGACGGCAUCCAACAGUCAAUGCGAGAGCCCAGUCAGCAACACUGUGGAGAGUGAGACAGCCCCUUGUCCUCCUCAGAAUGUGGCCACAUCAGUGAGCUGUGACACUGGUACAGUGAGUGUGUCAUGGCUUGAGAGUGUUAAUGCUUUGAGCUACAUGGCUACUUUGGAAAGAGCUGACGGAGACACCACCUGCUGCACGGCAAACUCAACUUCCUGUGAGGUCACUUCUCUUCUGUGUGGCCAGAUGUAUGUCCUGACAGUCACUGCUGAAGGUCGCACAUGCAACAGCUCCCAGAGCACUGAGGUCAUCGUACGGUCAGUUCCCUGUAUCCCGGAGGGUCUUGUGUCCACUACGAGCUGCAGUGAUAACGUGGCCACCUUGUCUUGGGUGAGCAAUGAAGCUGGUGAGCUCUACACAGUCCAAGCCUAUAGUGUUGAUGGCAUCUUCUUUGACAGCUGCUCAGGGUUUGGCCAGUCAUGUGAUCUGACAUCACUGUUGUGCGGUGUGCCGUACACCGCCACAAUCAUAGCAAAGCACAGCACCUGCGCCAGCCCACCCAGUGCACCUGCUCCAGUCAGAACAGUGCCCUGCAUACCCGUGACUGUGACCACUAAUGUGAGCUGCCAGGGGAACGGCCUGUCCGUGUUCUGGCAGGAGAGUGCGGGAGCGGACUCUUACACGGCUACCCUUGAGGACAGUAAUGGCCAUCUCACCAACUGUCAAAGCCUGAACAACACUACAUGUACAGUUAAUGGACUCAAUUGCGGACAGAUCUACCACGUCAGUGUGGUGGCAUCAGAUGGAUACUGUAACAGCCCACCUAGUGCCGUCUUUGAGACACACUCGGUUCCAUGUUCAGCUCGUGACAUCCGAUCACUGAUAGAUUGUCAGUCUGGUACGGCUGCAUUGUCAUGGCAGCCAGGCAUAGGAGCGAUACAGUACACAGCCGCUGCAAUCAGCGAGUCCGGUCAUACACUCAGCUGUGAGAGUAAUGACACCAGCUGUGAGCUAGCAGACCUGGCCUGUGCAGAGAGCUACAACAUCACUGUGUCAGCACAUGGACAGACCUGCAGCAGUACUGCAAACAUGAUUGGACACUUGAAGACAGGCCCCUGUACACCUCAGCAUGUGGAGGUGCAGUACAGCUUAUCUAUUGGCCAGCUGUCCUGGGACAGGACCAAAGGGGCUGUCAUGUAUACAGCCCAGGCUGCCACUGAUCAAGGAUCAGUUGUGUCCUGUUCAACCAGCGACACGUCCUGUGCCCUCUACAAUCUCUCCUGCAGUCAGACAUACAGCAUCACUGUGACAGCCCAGAAUGAUGUGUGCCAUGGGAUUGCUGUUUCUGCACCAUCUACCCUAAAGACAGAACCCUGCCCACCCAAGGAUGUGCAGACUCAUGUGAAGUGCUCGAGUGAUAAAGGGAUUGUGUCGUGGGAGGAGAGUGAGGGGGCGCUGGCAUACGUGGUGUUCCUGGAGGGCCGUAACGGUCACAGUCUGUCCUGCUACACGACAAGCUCUAGCUGCAGUGUGACGAGGCUGAUUUGUGGUACCGUUUACCAAGCUCACGUACGCGCCAUUGGAGAAACUUUUAACAGCACAGAUAGCGAGACUGUUCUCCUUACAUCAGCCCCCUGUCCACCAGAUUCCAGUUUGGUCACUGUCGAUGUGAAUUGUGAGAAUGCCACGGCAUUGGUCAGCUGGGAAUGGAGUGGCGGAGCUACAUCCUAUGAGCUCACUGCUACCAGUAACAACAGCCACAUCGCCACCUGCGUCUCUGUAGACAAUUACUGCAAUGUCAGCGAGCUAGCUUGUGGACAGACUUACACGAUCAGCCUUACAGCAGUCAACGAGGGAUGCCAGGUUACCCAGGAGACGGGCGUCACCUUCCAAACACGCCCAUGUGCUCCCCUACGUGUGGAAGUGGACCUUCAUUGCCAGUCUAACACAGCAGUAAUCACCUGGGAACAAAGGGACGAUGUGUUAUACUACCUUGUGAGCGCCACACUGAGCACUGGAGAAGUAACCACAGUUUGUAACUCCACAACUGAUGGGUGUGCCAUAAGUGGGCUGCAGUGUGGAGAGGAGUACGCCUGCACCAUCACAGCCUACAGCAGAGAUUGCUAUAGUGAUAUCAGCAGCACUGUCUACAUUCACACAGAACCUUGUCAGCCAACCCAGCCGAGCAUUUUAGGAUCAUGUGAUAACAACACCAUUCUCUUGAACUGGGAUGACAGCAGAGGCGCAUCCAGUUACACAGUGACUGUAACAGGCAAUCUGGGAUAUGCUAACUCAAUCCAGACCUCUGAAUCCAUCCUAGAGGUGGAGCUUCUCUGUGGACAGACGUACAACUUCACCAUAGUGGGGCAAAAUGAUGUCUGUGACAGCAUAACGAGCACCCCCGUCCAUUUUACCACAGCCCCAUGUGUACCGUACCACAUUCAGACCUUUGCAGAGUGUGAGGAUAAUCUUGGCGCUGUCAGCUGGGCAGGCAGUGAUGGCGCAGAUAUCUACACUGCCAUUGCCGUAGGACGCGAUGGCCAGACCCACGUGUGCAUAACAAACACAACCUUCUGUACCUGGAACGACCUGCAUUGUGGAGAGAACUACACUGUCCAUGUCAUCGCAAAUGCCCAUCUCUGCAGCAGUGCGCCCAGUAACACCACAACCAUCCACACAGCUCCAUGCAUCCCUCGGAACCUGGGGUCUGCUUUCGACUGUGACCUGAGAGUGGCUUCUCUCACCUGGGAAGCAGUUGAAAAUGCUCAGAUAUACCUGGUGUCUGCAGAGGCCAGCAGUGGCCACCAGGUGUCGCUCUCCACCAAUAACACAAGUGCACAAAUCUCAGAGUUUUACUGUGGUCAGCAGUACUUUCUGACAGUGCAAGCAGUAGGGCAUGCGUGUAGGAGCCGCCCCAGCAAUGCCUCAGUACUGCAGACAGAACCCUGCACUCCCACGUCUGUCUUCGCCUUUACGGACUGCAUCUCCAAUAUCGCCACAGUAUUCUGGGACCCAGCUGACGGUGCAGAAUUUUACACAGCAACAGUGGGAGGCCCAGACGGGCCUUUGGAAACAUGCAUGUCCUGGUCAGUGAGUUGUGGCAUGCCCAAACAUUCCUGUGGCGAAACUUACAAUGUUAGCGUGAUUGCUUCCAGUCGCCAGUGUAACUCAACACCCAGUGCACUGGGCACUCUCAACACAGUUCCCUGUAUUCCAACGGCUGUUUCUGUGGUGCUGGACUGUGCCACUGCUGAGGCACAUGUGUCAUGGAACACAAGCACGGGAGCGUUGUACUACACUGCUUAUGCCUGGAGCAGUACUUUAGAUUUUUUGUCCUGUGAUAGCUCUGGCCCUGUCUCACAUUGCAUUCUGAGUAAUCUCAUCUGUGGAGAAAUUUACACUGUCCAGGUGGUUGCUGUUGGAGAUGAAUGCUCCAGUCUGCCCAGUCAGGCAGCACACUUCCGCACAGUUCCCUGUGCUCCAGUGGUUACUGCUGCACACCUGGACUGCUACACUGACUCUGUGCUGCUGCAGUGGACCCCGAUCACGGGCUCCGUCUCCUACACUGCUGAUGCCAGAACACUUGGGGGCCUCACCUCCACCUGUUCCUCCAACAGCACCAACUGUGAGCUGAACGGACUGACUUGUGGACAAACAUACAGUGUUACCGUGGUGUCAUAUGAUGGAGAGUGCCACAGCACACGUGGACCUGCCCUGGAAGUGCCAUCAGUACCCUGUCCACCUCAGGAUGUACAGUUAAGUUGGCUGUGUUCUUCAAACUCCGCAUUUGUGCAGUGGAUUAAUGGUACAGGGGCGGAGUCAUACGAGGUGCAUGCCAUAAGCACAGAAGGCCACAUGACAGGAUGUAGCAGCACAAAUACUUCCUGUGUUUUGCCUUACCUCACAUGUGGCUCUGAGUACAACGUCAGUGUGGUUGCCUUUGGCCACCAGUGUAAUGUUUCAAAGAGUACAAUCACAGGUCUGCAUUCAGUACCAUGUGUACCUGACCAGCUUCAAGCAAACCUCAGCUGUGGAUCUGGUGUGGUUGACGUGUCCUGGCGUCCUAGCAAAGGAGCCGUCUUUUACACAGCUUUCGCUGAGGGCAACGGGGGCUUUGCAUCAUCAUGUAACAGCAACAGCAGUACAUGCGAGUUCACUCAACUACUAUGCGGACUGUCCUACAGCAUCAGCGUGACAGCCUCAAACCAUGCAUGUACCAGUGAUCACAGUCAUAGCAUAUCGCUGGACACAGUUCCAUGCGAGCCACAAGGAAUCAUUGCUCAAAUUGAGUGUAGAAGCCACACAGGUGUAGUGUCCUGGGAAUCAGGAGAGGGCGGUGUGUUCUACCAAGUGCAAGCAUCCAGUCCAGAUGGACACCAGGAACAUUGUGGCAGUCCCGCCACCAGCUGCAGAUUGCCCAGCUUGUAUUGCGGUCAAGCCUACAACCUCACAGUGACUGCCCAGAACAGCCACUGUGACAGCCAAAGUGCCUUUUCAAAACUACAGUCAGUUCCCUGUACACCUACCGAUGUGCAGGCGUCUCUCAUAUGCCUGUCUAACUCUGCGGCUGUGACAUGGAAGAGUGCCUUAGGAGCGCUGUCCUACCAGGCUGAGGGCAUUACAGUAGAUGGAAACCAUACGGCUUACUGCAACAGCAACGUGACCCAAUGUAACCUGGAGCAUCUACUCUGUGGACGGACCUAUAAUGUGUCGGUGCUGUCUGCGGACCAUGUGUGCAGCAGCGAGGAGAGUGCAUUUACACAAGUGCAAACUGCACCUUGUCCUCCUCAAGCGGUUGAUGUUUGGGUGAACUGCUCUACUGCCGUUAUUACUGUCACAUGGGCAGCCAAUCCAAAUGCAGAAUCGUUUCGUGUGAGGGCUGCGACCACUGGAGGAGUUGUCCUAUCAUGUGACUCCACUGGCACCAGCUGUUCGAUCGGUGGUUUGCCAUGUGGCCACACAUAUUCUGUCACUGUGACAGCUAUCAGGGGCGGUUGUGAGAGUCAAGCCAGCACAGCUGUUAAUGCAUCUUCAGCUCCAUGUGUUCCUCAGGGGGAGCAAGGAAACCUGGACUGUGUUACCAACGCAGCCUGGGUGUCAUGGUUACAAGCAGAGGGGGCGGAAUCAUACUCUGUGCUGGCAGUGGAUGUGGGCGGAGCUAACUCCAGCUUCUCAACUAAAGGCCUGCACUGUAACAUUCCCGACCUGCGGUGUGGAGCAUCGUACACCUUCCACGUCACUGCAGUGAACUCAUUCUGCAGCAGCGGACCCAGCAACACCUUCCAAAUUCAGACAGCUCCGUGCGCCUUUGCCUCCAUCACUGCACACACAGACUGUUACAGCAGCCAUAUCACAGUCAGCUGGCAGGUGAACGAAGGCUCUUCCUUCUACGUGGCCACAGCAGAAGAUCAGGACCUCAGCACCCUGGUAUGCAACAGCACAGGCACUUCCUGUGACCUCACUGAAGUGCGGUGUGGAAUGCAGUACACUAUUAUAGUGUCCGCCUCCUCCGACAAAUGCAGCAGCCUUCGGAGUCCUCCUUACAAGAUUAACACAGCACCUUGUGUUCCGCAAAAUGUGUCUUUGAAGCUGGUGUGUGAAACAAACGGCCUGCAGGCAUCAUGGUCUGAUUCUCUGGUGGCCGAGUCAUACUCUCUCAUGGCCCAUGGCAGAGACGGGGACAUCCGUACCUGUAGAAGCAAUGGAAACAACUGCACCCUACCCCACCUGCAAUGCGGACAGACUUACAAUGUUAGCGUAACAGCUUCAGCUGGAAACUGCACCAGCCUUGCAAGUCAGCAGGUGACCUUCCACACAGUGCCCUGUGAACCUCAGAAUCUGAGUGUAGCGGUGCAGUGUGACACCAGGACAGCAACACUCUUGUGGACAGAGAGGCAGGGAUCAUUGCAGUACUUUGCAUGGGCUGAAACCAAGGAGGGGAACACACUUCAUUGUAACACCAGGAGUGCUUCCUGUAGCAUCCAUGGACUGACCUGUGGGACAGUGUAUAACUUCAGUGUGCAGGCAACAGAUGGCACCUGUGACAGCUCCAUCAGCAUGCCAGUCCAGCAGGGCGCAGUCCCAUGUCCUCCUGGCACUGUGAAAGUGAAGACUCAACUUAUGGGUGACACCACUCUGCUCAUGGUCUCCUGGAGUUCUGUGGAUUGUCCUAACGUCACAUACCUGGUACAGGUGACCGGCCGUAUCCAGGACAACUCGCAGUCAGUUUUGGACGUGUCAUCUUAUUGGACAGACGGAAACUACUUUGAGUUCCCUGUGCCCUGUAGCACCUCCUACAAUGUGACAGUCCGAGCACAAAACUCAGCUGGGAUCAGUGAACCAUCUCAGGCCAUUACUGGUGUCACAGUUCCCUGUCCUCCACUAGAUGUCACCUUCACGGCUGAUAACUCUUCAGCAACAGUGGCAUGGAAGUCCUCAGCUCUCACCACAAGAUACACUAUUUACCAGCUCCUCUCUGGGGGCAGAGUGGCUGUCUGCAGCACUACAAACCUCAGCUGUCAGGCCUCUGGGCUGCAGGGCUCCAGUGUUGGUGUGACAGCUAGGAACAGUGCAGGAGAGAGCAUUGCCUCUAGAGUAAUUACUGGUCAAACCUCCAACCGUCGGAGGAGAGACUUGAGAGCAGCCGAAAUCUUUGCAGGACUGACCCCUGGUUUUCCAUAACCAAGGUGAUGGGGGCGAGGUACUACACCCUGAUCGUGAGAGAGCAAACUCUGUCUGGCCGUAUGAAAGAGGUUCUGUCCGUGUACAACAAGACUGCUACUGUUACUGACCUCAAACCCACCACACGCUACUGUGUCAUCCUGUCUGCCAAAACCCCCAUCACUCCCAACCUGUGUGUGUCACCACUGGAGUCUCUGAGUGAACUUAUUACCUCCAAGAUGGACUGUAAAGCACUGUAGAUAAACAACCAACAGAUGCUGUUUAUUACUAGAACAAGCAUCUUCUCUUUCUCUCAUUUCUUUCAUGAUCACUACUAAAAAGACUGGAUCGAAAAAAGCAACAAAUCAGCAGAUUAGAAAUUUCGGAAAAUCUAAUCAAAUACAAUGAAAAUCCUUGUGACUGAUCACCUCUUUAACUAAUCAUUUAUAAUCAAAAUGAAACAAUUUAAUUAAUUGGAUUUUUACUGAUGUAAUAUCUAAUAUAUGAUGAUCUCUGAUAAUUAAAAUGCAUAUUUUUGUAUGAAAAGCAUAGAAAAGAUUACUUAAAGAGAUAAGAUGUGAUACCCUGUGGUGAUGUUAGAAAUGUUGCAUAACACCUAGUUUUUUUUUUUUUUUUAAGAAAGUUAUAUAUUUCAUAAAGUAAUUUUCUGUAACUAGUAAUUUUUUCAAUCAAGAAUGUUUGCAUUGUUAGAACAAAUAAAUUGGUAAUUUAUCAA